GUGUGUGAGGACAAAAAACAGAUCUAGGAAUUUAAGCCUUCAUUCUCCCCUUUGGUCUUUUCUUAUCUCCGCCUUUAUUUCUUUUAGCCUUUCCCCCUCAAAUCCCACUUGGCCAAACACUACUUAAUAAAGUGACUACUCAUAACACUACAUCACAUAACACAUUACACUUUCUUUUCUCUUAGCCAAAAAACGAAAAAAGGAAAAGACACCCCUUUUGAUUUUCUUGGUUUAGAGAGAGAACAUAAGAAAAAAAAAUAUGGAUUAUGGAAUUUUUUCAGAUUCAGAAUGUAGUAGUGGAUGUGAGUCUGGUUGGACUUUGUACUUGGAAAAUUCUGCUCGUCCUCCUAUAAGUUCUUCCAAUACCAAUAAAUUUUUACCAUUUUGUGAAGCUGAAAAGAGUGUAAAAACAGAACAAGAAGAAGAAGAGGAGGAUUUGUCUAUGCUUUCUGAUGCAUCUUCUGGACCUCCACAUUUUAAUGAAGAAGAUCAAGAUUACGGCCACAACAAUAAUGGCUUCUUUUUUCAUGCCCCAAUUAAUGUCACAUUGCCUAAAAAUAAUCCCAAAAGGCAAAAAUCAAAGGAGAAAAAGCAGCAAACUUCUGCAUUGGAUGAUACAGCUAGCUCUCCUUUCUUUGAUUUCUCAAAUAACAAUUUUAUAAUCACCAAUGACACAGCUUCAGUGGAUAAUGUAUUGGACUUUUCACAAGGUUACUCUACAACUCAUUUUCAGAGGAGAUCUGCAUAUGCAUAUCAGGAGCAAUAUGACUUUUUCCAAUCAUCUCUGUUACCUGGAAACCAAUUACAAGAAAACCAGUGGUUUGAAGGCAAAAGGUGGGGAUAUUAGCAGCUAUCAGUUUUAGCACAUGUUGAUCAUGUCUGCAGCUAAAUGAAUGCUUAGAAAGAGGAAAGGAAUUGUAUCUCAAAAGAGAUUUUUUUCCUCUUCUUUUUCAAUAUUUUUUUAAUUUUUGCUGUCAAUGCAGUGGGAAACAACUUGAAAGAAGAAGUUGGAAUUCCUUUUCCUCUAUCUUAGAAUUAAGUUUUUUGCAAAUGAAUAGUGAAAUAUUAGUUUUUGAACUCAUGUUGGAAAUAAUGGUUACAUAAUAGCUUUUGAA